AUGUCGUUGCCGCAGAGGCCAGGCAAGGCCUCGCCUCGGCGUGAAGAAGUUCGAGCCUUCCGAGAACCCUCACGGCGCCAUCGCAGAGAUACCGACACGGGAGGCUACAGCGACAGCCCGUCCUCACCUACCACUCACCGCCACCGUCGCCGACGUUCACAUAGCCACCGACAAGCGCCCGAGACAGACGAAGAUCGCAUGGAACGAGGCGGAGAUGGGAGGCGUAAGAAAGGCCUAGUGAAACCGGAGCGUCAUCGAAUCGAACCAGACCACCCCAAUUACCACUAUCGCCAACGUUCGCAUCAUAUGAACACACACCCCUCCGCGACAGGCCAUGACCCAUUACUCGAUCGCGAUGGUGAUGUGGAGACAAACAGCUCCAAGAGCGCGGAUAUGAAGUCAAAGGAAGUUUAUGGACAGCGGGGAAAUGUAAAUAAGCAUAUGGAACGAGCGCCAAGUCGACAUCGUUCGAAAGGUUCGAAAAAGAAGAGGAGAUCUUCCCGUCGCAUUUCGAAAACGAUGACCAUCGAGGAGAAGAAACGACAGAAGGCGAUGGAGGUGCGGCCGCCAGAUCUAUGGACUACAUAUUGUGCUUUGGUGAGCUGUCUGGUGCCAGAUAUUGUGCUCAAGUGCUUUGGUAUGCCGCAGAAGGAACAGCGGACGGCGUGGCGCGAGAAAAUCGGCCUGAUCAGUCUUAUUCUGAUGGUUGCGGCGUUUGUUGGUUUCUUGACUUUCGGUUUCACGGCUACCGUCUGUGGGAAUCCGCCCACGCGAUUAAAGAUCAAUGAGGUUGGAAGUGGUUACAUGAUCUUUCAUGGUCAGGCAUAUAACCUAGAACAUUCGAAGCACCCGGGAGUUGAAGGUAUUCCAUCAGAUGACAAUGUCCUCUAUGAUUUACCUCACAAAUACGGCGGUCAGGAUGGGAGCUUUAUGUUUCAGGAAGUCAAUGGAGCUUGCAAGGGGCUCAUUACGGCUGUUGAUGGAGGUGGUGUCCCGACCGACUCUGAUGGGAACUUGGGAUGGUAUUUCCCUUGCAAUGCGUUCAAUCAGGAUGGCUCUACCGAUCCAAAUAUGACGGAGCCAUACUACGAAGGAUGGGCCUGCCACACCAGUUCGGCUGCACGGAAACCUUUCUGGAAGCUUAAUCCGUCGGGAGAUGUGUACUUCACAUGGGACGACACGAAGAACAAGAGCCGUAACUUGGCGGUUUACUCUGGUAGUGUCCUUGACCUUGAUCUUCUGCGUUGGUUCAACACGAGCCAGGUCUCAUAUCCUGCUAAGUUCGACCAGCUACGCGAGAACCCAGAUGUUCGCGGAGUGGACCUCACGUAUUACCUGCAAGGUGGAGAUGCAAAGAAGAUGGGACAGUGUCUCGCCCAAAUUAUUAAAGUGGGCAGCAUCGACACAGAAACUGUCGGAUGUAUUGCGUCCAAAGUGGUGCUCUACGUAUCUCUAAUUUUCAUCCUGUCCAUUGUUGUGGUCAAGUUUGCUUUUGCGGUGCUGUUCCAAUGGUUCCUGGCGAAGAAAUUUGCAGCAGAGAGAACCAGUAUGAGCUCCGAUACUAGGACACGAAACCAACAAAUCGAAGACUGGUCCAACGAUAUCUACCGACCUGCACCUCGAAUGAUGGAUCCGCCUAUCCCUGAUCGAGUCAGUAAACGCUCUAGCUUCCUACCGACCACAUCUCGCUUCUCAAGUCCAUAUGUUAUGGGUGGAUCUAGCGGUGGUGGUGGCAGUGGAAGCAAGCAGCGUGCAAACAAUGUGACAAUGGCCAGUCAAAACUCAACAUCCAGACUCAUGCCAGCCUCAACUACUACGGGUACCAUGUAUAAAAUGAGCCACAACAGCAGUGGUGGUACCCUGAGUGCCGAUAACUCUCGAAACCCAACCGCUAGUCGAACCAGUUUGAUCGCCCCCGGUGCCCAAGAAUCCCAUUAUCCAACAAUGGUACCUGAGAAUGAGGGUCCUGGUCCUGCUGGGUUUAUCCAUGAAGCUGUUGUUCCGCAACCCCCACCUGAAUGGCAACCCUUUGGGUUCCCCUUGGCCCAUGCUCUUUGCCUGGUCACUUGUUACUCAGAAGGUGAAGAGGGAAUUCGGACUACUCUGGACUCUAUCGCCAUGACCGAUUACCCCAACAGCCACAAGACAAUUCUCGUGAUUUGCGACGGUGUGAUCAAGGGUAAAGGAGAAGAGUUCUCGACGCCAGAAAUCGUGGUCGGCAUGAUGAAGGACCAUGUAAUUCCUCCAGAUGAGGUGCAGCCUUUCUCAUAUGUCGCUGUAGCUACAGGUUCAAAGAGACAUAAUAUGUCUAAGGUCUACACUGGAUUCUAUGACUACGGUGAAACCUCAAUUAUUCCCCCGGAGAAGCAGCAGCGUGUCCCAAUGAUGGUUAUUGUGAAAUGCGGUACCCCUGCUGAGUCUACUCAAUCCAAACCUGGUAACCGUGGCAAGCGAGACAGUCAGAUUAUUCUCAUGUCUUUCCUGCAGAAAGUCAUGUUUGAUGAAAGAAUGACAGAGCUUGAAUUUGAGAUUUUCAACGGCAUGUGGAAUGUCACUGGACUUCCUCCAGAUUUCUACGAAGUGGUUUUGAUGGUAGAUGCCGAUACCAAAGUAUUCCCCGACAGCUUGACGCACAUGAUAUCCGCUAUGGUCAAGGAUCCUGAGAUCAUGGGUCUCUGCGGUGAGACAAAGAUUGCCAACAAGACCGACAGCUGGGUCACCAUGAUUCAAGUCUUCGAAUACUUCAUCUCUCACCAUCAAGCUAAAUCUUUCGAGUCUGUAUUCGGUGGUGUCACAUGUCUACCAGGAUGUUUCUCCAUGUAUCGAAUCAAGGCCCCCAAGGGCGGCCAGAACUACUGGGUUCCUAUCCUCGCUAACCCCGAUGUCGUGGAGCACUACUCCGAAAACGUGGUUGAUACCUUACACAAGAAGAAUCUUCUCCUCCUCGGUGAAGACCGAUACCUAACGACUCUAAUGCUGAAGACCUUCCCGAAGCGCAAACAAAUCUUCGUCCCACAAGCCGUCUGUAAAACAGUUGUCCCGGAUAAAUUCAUGGUUUUACUCUCCCAACGUCGUCGCUGGAUCAACAGUACAGUACACAAUCUGUUUGAGCUAGUUCUCGUCCGCGACCUCUGCGGUACAUUCUGCUUCAGCAUGCAAUUCGUCAUUUUUAUCGAGCUGGUAGGAACCCUCGUCUUGCCAGCCGCUAUUUCAUUCACCAUCUACGUCGUCAUUUCAUCAAUUGUCAGAAGGCCAGUCCAGGUUAUUCCCUUGGUACUUCUUGCUUUGAUCCUCGGUCUACCCGGUGUCUUGAUUGUCGUGACCGCGCACCGCCUCGUCUACGUUCUCUGGAUGCUUAUCUAUCUCGUUUCUCUACCAAUCUGGAACUUUGUCCUUCCCACCUACGCGUUCUGGAAAUUCGACGAUUUCAGCUGGGGUGACACUCGGAAGACAGCCGGAGAGAAGGAUAAGGGCCACGGCGCUGAGGAGGGUGAAUUCGACAGUACGAAGAUCACAAUGAAGCGAUGGCGAGAUUUCGAAAAAGAACGACGUCUACGAAACAGUACUUGGCCACAACAAGAAAGGCCAACGAACGGAUACCCAUAUGAGACAUACUCGGAUUAUUGA